AUGCCUCUGACAAUCCCUUGUGAAUUCCAGCCAUUCUUGCACGAUGGUGACAAUGCUAUCACAGCUACAGACACAUGCUCUCUCGCCUAUGACAGUCAAUUCAUUUUCACUUCGCCCAACAUGACUUUUGUCCCCCAACUAUAUGACAAUCCUUCCAAUAUCAUGCAAGUGAGGGCAGAUGGGAAGUUUUGGGUGAUGGAUCCUUUCCAGUGGCCUCAAAUGUAUGCAGACGCUUACACCUGGAGCUUUACCAUUCUGCAACACGAAUUUCAUGAGCCUGGCACUGACCUGUGGUAUGCUUGGUGGUUGCCAGCUAAUAAAUGUGUUGGCUCCUACAAGCUAUUCCGAGAACACAAGCAAGACGUGGUUGUUGGGUGGGUCACCGGGUUGCGCUCUGUUUUUGAGCGCUUCAAAGAGACGCUGGCUUGGCAAGAUAUUGUGAUGAUCUUGGCCAAAUUUCAGAGGAGAUUCCUGGAGAUAUGGAGCAUGGUAGAUUACCUCAAGAUUUUUGAGCUGCGGUUGAAAUUCGAGGACAAGGAGCAUGUGGUCAACAAGACUUGGAUGGGUUGCUUCACCAAAGACUCCGCUAUUGCAUUGAGGCUCCACAAGGCUGGUGUACCUGUGUGGUUGAUACAAGAUGUUAGGCUUGUCAAUAAUAAGAUCAACAUCUGCCAAGUUGUUCCCUUCACUCCUGCUGACCUUGUGUUUGGGAUGUAUCUCCACCUCAUUAAGAAUUUUGCUCAACCUUUCAAUAUCCAGUACAAGGGUCCAAGCGAUCAUCAAUGCCAGGCUGCAGUUCAUCAACCAUACCUUACUUUUGAAGAGAUCCCCAUAGAUCAAACUGAAGUCAAUCACCUUGCAGUUUCUAGAGAGCUGUCAUUGGGUAAAGCACCUGCCAAGAAAAUGAACAAGUCCACAACAUAUGAACCAACUGCUCUGUGCCAGAACCAAUCUCAAGUUGGACAUGACAAAUGGGCUGAUGUGGUUCACCCAUUCAUGCCCAGUAUCAACACCUUUUUCGCAUCAGCCAUGAGUCAAGCAGAGAAAGACUUGAGUUGGGUCAAACCAACCCACACAAGAAUGGAUGAGGGAUACAGGCUCCCCAAUCCUGGUUUAUUUUUCAACAUCCUUUCCUUGCAAUCUCUGAAGAAAUAUCUUGCGAACUGGCUGGCAUGCCAUGAGUCAUGGCUGAAGCAUGUUUACGUGUCGCCUCCAUCUCCACUCCCUCAGUCCCAAAACUGGCGUGAUCUAUUGAUCAUGCAGCCUACACCACAGCCCUUGUCAUCAAGUGGUCAGAUGCCAUCAGGCAAGACUGGCAAGUCCAAAGCCAAGCUUGGCUCAUUCUUCAGAGAUGAAUUGUCGCUUCUAUGCCAGUUUUGGACUGGCUCCCAGAUAUUGCAAUGGAGGGGUCAAAAAAUCGAAGCUGCAAUGCUUGAGAACCUGCUGCAUCAUCUCAUUCAAGAGAUCAUUUAUGAGAUUUGUGAGCAAAGCUUCCGAUAUGACCUUCUAGAACUUGAUGAAUGUCUUGCUCGUCACAUGCAAUGGGAUCAAGAGCAUUCCCUCACUAUGUGGGACAAGGAUUUCUUGACUCAGAAUGAUGGACUUAAUGCUGAAUCUUUCCAAGAUGCUCUAGCAUUUUUUGAGAAAUUUCAUCAAGUGUUGAUUGCUUGGGAAGGUGCUCCUCAAGAUCUCAAACAGCCUUUCACCAAGUUGAUGCCCAAGGGAGAAAAGUGGCAAUGCAUGAAGCAAUGUUGUCCCCCAGUGGUCCCUCAUAUGCUUUAUGUGGGUGCAUAG